AUGUAUCCUUUUGCACCUUCAAGACUGCCAGAGCUAGGGAUUCAGCUUUAUCCAGUUGAUUUUGAGCCUUGUAGACAGAUGCCAGAUCUAGCCUGGCCCAUUGAGCAUCCGGGUGCAUGGCUCCUAGCUUUCUGUUUUGGCCUACGCCGUCAAAUCUUCUUCCCAUUACUUGGAGACGGCAUCUUUACGCAGGAUGGUGCUGCGUGGAAGCAUUCAAGAGAACUUCUCCGGCCACAAUUUACACGGCAGCAAUAUCAAGGCCUUGAUAUUUUCCGGGAACACGUGAAUGAUUUGAUUGCAUUAAUCCCAAAGGACGGUCAGCCUGUUGAUCUCCAGCCUCUUUUUUUCCAGCUUACUCUCGACACCACGACGGAACUUAUUUUUGGAGCCUCUAUAAAUACUCUCAAAAAGGAAGAAGGUAUCUCUCGGACCAAGGAUUUUGCAGAGAACUUUGACACUGCUCAGAAUUUUGUUGUUCAGCGUUUUCGUCUUCUAGACUUGUACUGGCUUAUUGGCGGACAAAAAUUUCAACGCUCCUGUGCAACUGUCCAUGAUUUUGUGGAUGAUAUUAUAGAAAAUAGUCAGCGAGAGGCCCAGAAAGAUUCCAGAAAAGCUUCUCGGUACCUAUUUUUCAAUACCAUUGCACAAAAGUACAAUGACAAAAAGGCAGUCAGGGACCAGCUUGUUAACGUGUUACUUGCUGGUCGAGAUACGACUGCGUGCUUAUUGACAUGGACCUUCCAUUUGCUUGCUCAACACCAAAGAGUCUUGAAAUGUCUCUUAGACGAAAUAUCGCAUACUGUAGGGCAAAGAGACGGUCUAACACGAGAGGAUCUAAAAAAAAUGCCAUACUUGGCAAACAUUCUUAAAGAAACUCUUCGGCUAUAUCCAUCUGUUCCUGUAAACACUAGAACAGCGCAUCGCACGACCAUCCUUCCAACAGGCGGAGGACCGGAUGGUCUAUCACCGGUGAUUAUUCGAAAAGGAGAAAAUGUUGCUUUCUGUAUUUAUGCAAUGCAUCGCCGGGAGGAUCUCUAUGGCAAAGACGCAGAAGAGUUUCGUCCAGAACGCUGGGAAGAGAAUCUACCACUUUUCAAAGACGAGACUACCGCGUCUUGGGGGUACCUCCCUUUCAAUGGAGGCCCACGAGUUUGUCUAGGACAAGAUUUUGCCCUCAUUGAAGCUUCCUACACCAUCGUGCGAAUCUUACAGGCAUUCCCUAAUCUACGAGCUGCACCUGAUUCAGGCCACGAAACACAAAUGUCCAAGCAACAAACCGUUGGUAUCACCGAGCUGUAUAGAUGCCAGGGCAAGACACCGGAAAUAGACAUAGUCGCAGUCCAUGGUUUGAAUGGUGACGCCUUCGAGACAUGGACGUCGUCGAGCAAUGAUUCCGAGAGAGUCUGCUGGCUAAACCAUCCGGACCUCCUGCCACACUUCGUCGGGAACGCUCGUGUAUUGACAUGGGGUUACAAUGCAAAUAUUACAUCCCUAUUUGGGAAGUCUACAAGUUCUGAUCGAAUUCUGCAACACGCUCAGACUCUGGUUGAAGAUCUCCUGGCGGAUAGGGAGCUCGAAGAUGCUACUGAUCGACCUAUUGUUUUUGUUUGCCACUCACUUGGUGGAAUUAUCGUGAAACGUGCCUUAAGUUUCUCUGCGAGUCGCUCAUCACCAAGAUCUGCACGCCUACAUUCCCUAUAUUUGUGUACGUAUGGGAUUCUCUUCUUCGGCACGCCUCACAACGGCUCUAGCAAAGCCCGCCUACUAGACGGUCUCCAAAAGCUUGCGUCCAACAUCGUCCCCAAACGGGCCAUACAAUUUGAAUCAGGACUCAUCAAAGCACUAAAAGAUGGUUCCGAGACGCUUCAGAACAUUACAAACGAUUUUGCCCCCCUGAUGUCCCGUUUUCACAUGUACUUUUUCUGGGAGCAGCUGAAAACCGACCUGAAAUAUACCAAAGACUACAUCGUGGAGGAAUCAAGUGCUGCGCCCAUGCUGGACUCGAUAUCGGGGAGAUGUGGGAUUUCAGCGGAUCACAGAGGUAUGUGUAAGUUCCAGAGUCCGGAUUCUCCUGGCUUUCGUACCGCCAUUGCUGCCAUCAAGCGGUAUGCUCAGAAUGCCCCGAGCAUAAUCGGCCCAAGGCUGGCUCAGUACCAAGUCCAGUCGACCCAGUUGCGGAAAGAUGAAGCAAUGGAGCUGUUAAACAGCAUAUGA